UUCUAGGACUUGUGGCCUUAUUUAUCUGGAACAACCCAGUAGUGAGAUUUCUGCUGAACUCAGUUCUGUGUUAGUCCUAAAAAAUUACUGGAUUACUUUUUUGCUGGCAAAAGGUAAAGUGUUGCAAAUGGAAGAUGACCUAGUGAUUUCUUUCCAGUUGUUGCUGUGCGUCUUAGAUUAUUUUAUCAAACUGUCACCUCCUGCUAUGCUCAAGGAACCAUACAAGUCUGCUGUGACUGCACUGACUGUUAAUGGUUCAACUCGAACCCCACGAAGAGGUCAGAACAGGAAUGCACGCGCUUCAAAGCAAACUGAUACAGAUACAAAAGUUAUUGAAAUCCUUUGUAAAGAGCAUGAUUGUAAUUUAGAUGAGGUAAAAAAUGUGUAUUUCACAAGCUUUAUUCCUUUCUUGAAUUCUCUUGGUGUUGUAGCCUCAAAUGGAUUACCAGAGGUUGACGUUCUCUCAAAGCAAUAUGAUGAGCUUUAUCUCAAAAACAAAGAUAUAGAUGCAAGAUUAUUUCUGGAUCGUGAUGAAACUCUACAGCCUGAUGUUAUAGCAUGCUCACAGUUGGAAAGAACACCAGGAAAAAAUAAUCCAGAUGAGGAGGUUAAUCAUGUACUUCCACAGACUCCUGUUCGAGCUGCAAUGAAUACUAUUCAGCAAUUGAUGAUGAUUUUGAACUCAGCAAUUGAUAAACCAUCAGAUACUCUCAUUGCAUAUUUCAAUAAUUGCACAGUGAACCCUGAAGACAGUAUCCUGAAAAGAGUGGAAAGUCUUGGCCACAUCUUCAAAAAGAAAUUUGCUGAAGCAGUUGGACAGGGAUGUGCUGAGAUUGGCUCACAAAGAUACCAGCUUGGAGUACGGCUGUAUUACAGAGUAAUGGAGUCUAUGCUGAAGUCGGAAGAAGAGCGCCUUUCAGUGCACAAUUUUAGCAAACUUCUGAAUGAUAACAUCUUCCACACAUCUCUUCUGGCGUGUGCUCUUGAAAUUGUCAUGGCUACAUAUGGCAGAACUGCUUCACAAAGUGAUGGUACCAGUGCUGAAACAGACUCGUCUUUCCCGUGGAUUCUCAAUGUAUUUGAUUUAAAAGCUUUUGACUUCUACAAGGUGAUUGAAAGUUUCAUUAAAGUGGAGCCAAGCCUAACAAGGGACAUGAUAAAGCAUCUAGAACGCUGUGAACAUCGCAUUAUGGAAUCUCUUGCUUGGCAAUCUGUAAGUAACGUUUUAAAGCAGUAUUUCUCCUUGUAUAACAUGCAAAUCUAGAAAAAAAAAUACACCUAGAUAUAUGAAAGGAGCUUUAGUCUUGCUGAGAUGUGUUUUUAGCAAAGUAAAUCACAAGAACUAAAGAAGAUCAAUUUUAGCAUGUCUUCAGGCUUGGGGAAGAAAAGGCUAUAUCAGAGCAAAAGGCUACAUCAGAGAGAGAUCAGCUUAGCACUGCUGAAUUACGUGCCAGCAUCUUUCAGUAUUCUGGCAUGGAUAUUAAGGGUAAUAAUGCCCAUAAACAGUAUUUUGGUGCCAGUAGACAAGGCAAUACAUUCUAUGCUCUUAUCUGUAAACAUUUUCCAGUUUUUAGUCUGCUUGACAGUAAAGCAUUCAUUCUCUGCAUCUGAUAUGAUUGUUGAUAGUACUUAAAAUACUGAUUCUCAGUGUAACUUGCACUUAAAUUCCUUUUAACGUUUUUGAAUGCCAUUAAAAGCAUUCUGGUAGGUUGGGUUUUGUGCUUUAGGCUGAAUCUCGGUAAAUCAGCUGCUGUUUCUUUAUGCUGUAUCUUACUUAUGUACCAAAAAUGCUAACCCUAACCCUAACCAAAAAACAGGUGACUAUAAAGACUGCUGACAGAAUGAAACAAAGUGACCAUUUAAGAACCCAUGUGAUACCUUGUAGAUCUGGGAAAUCCAAAGAACACAAUAUGGCAUAACUAAUACAAUAUUCUAACU